UUGCGAUGCAACUACUCAGGCGACUCUAAUAGAAACCAGUAGCAAUCGGUUUAUGGUUUUCUUGCAUAUUCUUUCAGCCACAGUGUCUAUCAAACCAACAUCAACCCAAUUGUUCUAAAUUUCUCAACAACUUUCUCCUAAAAAAUUUCUUUUAAUACCAUUCUUUAUAUAUAACUCUUCCAUGUCGUCUCUUUCACUGUCUAAAUCUUAACACCAUAACCAUCAAAUGGAGAUCUCACCUUUCUUCUUUACCUUAGCAACUGUUACAUUUGCUUAUCUCUUUUGGUUCCAUCUUCUUGCUCGUAAACUUACCGGUCCUAAAGUAUGGCCUAUAGUAGGAAGCUUGCCUUUUCUUUUCAAGAACAGAAGACAAAUCCAUGAUUGGAUUGCUAGUAAUCUCCGGUCUACCGGAGGUGCGUCGACUUAUCAAACGUGUACUAUAGCUCUCCCUUUCUUUGCUCACCGGCAAGGAUUUUAUACUGUCACUUGCCAUCCCAAGAACUUGGAACAUAUUCUUCGAACACGAUUCGAUAACUAUCCCAAGGGUCCUCAUUGGCAAACUGCAUUUCAUGAUCUUCUUGGGCAAGGGAUUUUUAAUAGUGAUGGAGAUACUUGGCUUAUACAACGUAAAACUGCAGCUUUAGAGUUCACUACGAGGACUUUAAGGCAAGCAAUGGCUCGAUGGGUUAACCGGACAAUCAAGUCUCGGUUAUGGAGCAUUUUGGAUAAAGCUGCUAAUGAAAAGAUUGUAGUAGACUUGCAAGACUUGUUACUCCGGUUAACUUUCGAUAAUAUAUGUGGACUCACCUUUGGUAAAGAUCCUCAAACACUCUCUCCAGAAUUGCCUGAAAACCCUUUCGCUGUCGCCUUUGAUACUGCUACAGAAGCUACGCUUCAACGGCUUCUUUAUCCUGGUUUCUUAUGGAGAAUUGAGAAGAUUUUAGGAAUUGGAGCUGAGAAGAGACUAAAAAAGAGCCUUAAAGUUGUAGAAAAAUAUAUGGACGAAGCCAUAGCAGUACGUAAAGAAAAUCCAUCAGAUGACUUAUUAUCAAGAUUCAUGAAGAAAAGAGACGUCGAUGGUAAUCAUUUUCCAAUCUCAGUUCUCCAAAGAAUUGCUCUAAACUUCGUUCUUGCCGGCCGCGACACCUCAUCAGUUGCUCUUAGCUGGUUUUUCUGGCUAGUCAUGAACCAUCCUGAAGUUGAAGCCAAGAUCGUUCAAGAAAUAUCAGCUAUACUUGAAGAAACUCGAGGAAAUGAUCAUCAAAAAUGGCUUGAAGAGCCUUUAAACUUCGAUGAAGCAGAUAAAUUAAUCUACCUCAAAGCGGCAUUAGCUGAAACCCUCCGGCUAUACCCUUCAGUGCCUCAAGACUUCAAAUAUGUUGUAUCAGAUGAUAUUCUACCGGACGGUACAUUUGUUCCGGCUGGUUCAACUGUUACCUAUUCUAUAUAUUCUGUAGGGAGAAUGAAGAGCAUAUGGGGUGAGGAUUGCCUGGAGUUCAAUCCAGAGAGAUGGCUAUCAGCAGAAGGAAACAAAUUUGAACCUCCUAAAGAUGGUUACAAGUUUGUCUCCUUCAAUGCAGGACCCAGAACUUGUUUAGGGAAGGACUUGGCUUACCUGCAAAUGAAGUCUGUAGCUUCUGCAAUACUGUUGCGUUACAGGUUAUCUCUGGUUCCCGGUCACCGUGUCCAGCAGAAGAUGUCUCUUACAUUGUUCAUGAAGAAUGGGCUUCGUGUGUUCUUGCAUCCUCGUAUGCUUGCAUAGGUGUGGGGUGCUGUCUUUCUCUCAACUGUGCAUUAAUAUGGAGGCUUCACUGAAUAUAUAAGGGGUAAUAUAGUGAUUUAGUCAUACAUUUUCUUCCCUUUCAUUGCUUUCUGCUGAAGGGCAUAUAAGUUUUAUAUAUAUAUAAUUUGUUUUGAUUUUCAUGUUUACAUUUGUUGUUUGUUUUGGGGGCAUACUAAAAAGUGAUUGUCUUGUAAUGUUCUACAUUCCAUGUCAACAUGAUGUGGGUUUUCGUAUAAUUGUUUCAAUAAAAUACACAUUACACUCUUGUUAACAUUAA